CACUUCAUUCGGCGCAAAGAGGAGACUGAACCUGACACUGAACGCAGCACCUUUACCUGAAGAGGAAUCAUCAGAGAAACGAAGAUGAAGCUGUUUCUGAGUCUGUUUGUCCUGGUGGCAGUCUGCAGUGCUCAGCAGAAACACACUCACCCUAAGGUCCAGGUGUACAGCAGUGCCCGCGGCGAGUUCGGGAAUAAGAACACCCUGAUCUGUCACGUGAGCGGCUUCUACCCUCCCGACCUGACGAUCACCCUCCUGAAGGGGGACAAGGAGCUGGCUGGAUGUAACCAGACCGACCUGGCCUUUAACAAGAACUGGCACUUCCACCUGACCAGGAGCGUGGACUUCUCCCCCACCACAGGAGACGAGUACACCUGUCGGGUGCAGCACGGCUCCAACAUCCACAACUACGCCUGGGAGCCAAACAUGUAACUCGUCUUCAUCGUCUUCAGGUUUACUGUCCUCAUCAAUCAACAGGAUCAGUUUAUUCUUCAUCUUCAUCCUCCUCCUUAAAGAGGCUGUGUUUCUGGAUCAGCUGAUUGUCUGCAGGGUUUGAUUGUUUUUUUGGGGUUUCUGAGUUUUUCAAAUCAUGUGUGUAAAUAUGAAACUGAUUCUGUUUAUUAAAUCUUCACAUUAAUGAGUGAUCAGCUGAUUGAUAUGUAAACAUUGUGGAUCAGCUGAUUGAUAUGUAAACAUUAUGGAUCAUCUGAUUGAUAUGUAAACAUUAGAGAUGAACGUGAUCAGCUGUUUUCUUUGGUAAACUCGAGUUUUGAAGGUUCUGUUGGUUUUUCUUCUUUGAAUAAAAUAACCAUUGUUUUUGUUUUGAAUUAAACUUUAUAAAAUAAAGUGA